AUGAUGGGGAAGGCGUUCGGCUGUGCUGUUUUCCUCCUCCUGGCCGCGCUCGGGGUCGGCGUCGGCGUCGGGGCGGCGGCGGGGGCCUCUGCCGCGGACAUCACCAGGGCCGACUUCCCCGCGGGGUUCGUUUUCGGCGUCGGCUCCUCGGCGUACCAGGUUGAAGGUGCAGUUGCGGAGGAUGGAAGGAAGCCUAGCAUCUGGGACACAUUCACACAUAAAGGCUAUUCUAUUGACAAUGCGACAGGUGAUGUAACUGCGGAUCAGUAUCAUAAGUACAAGGAAGAUGUAAAGCUUUUGCAUGAGCUGGGUGUUGAUGCCUACAGGAUGUCGAUUGCCUGGCCUCGACUUAUUCCUGAUGGCCGAGGAGCUGUCAAUCCGAAGGGACUGGAGUACUACAACAAUCUGAUAGAUGAACUCCUUAGCUACGGAAUACAACCUCACGUAACGAUCUAUCAUUUCGAUUUUCCUCAGGCUCUUCAAGAUGAGUACAAGGGCCUGCUUAGUCCUAGAUUCAUAGAGGACUACACAGCGUAUGCAGAUGUGUGCUUCAAGAACUUUGGAGACAGAGUGAAGUACUGGAGCACUGUCAAUGAGCCUAACAUCGAAACAAUUGGCGGAUUUGACCAAGGAAUCCUACCGCCACGGCGAUGCUCAUUCCCCUUUGGCUUUGGUUGUGAUGAAGGCAACUCCACCACAGAGCCAUACAUAGCAGCACACCACCUUCUACUUGCACAUGCAUCUGCAGUGUCCCUAUAUAGAGAGAAGUACCAGGCUGAGCAAGGAGGACGAAUUGGACUAACCUUGCUUGGUUGGUGGUAUGAGCCUGCAACGCAGACUCCCGAUGAUAUCGCGGCAGCUGCAAGGAUGAAUGAUUUCCACAUAGGAUGGUUCAUGAAUCCUAUGGUGUAUGGAGACUACCCUCCAGUGAUGAGGAAGAAUGUAGGGUCCAGGCUGCCAUCCUUCACGGAUGAAGAGGCAAAAAGAAUAAAGGGAUCUUUUGAUUUUGUCGGAUUUAACCACUACGUUGCCAUCUACGUGAAAGCUGAUCUUAGCCGACUAGAUGAGAAAGUGAGAGAUUACAUGGCUGAUGCAGCUGUGGCAUAUGACAUGCCGUUUCUCAAGUCAAGGAACCAGUUCCCGUUCGGGUUCGGGUUGGCGGCCGAUUUUAUGACAUCCACCCCCUGGGCUCUAAAGAAAAUGCUGAAGCAUCUCCAAUUGAAAUACAAGAACCCUGCAGUGAUGAUCCAUGAAAACGGAGCUGCUGGACUGUCUGAUCCAUCCGGCGUCAACACCUACGACGACGAAUUCAGGUCACAGUUCCUGCAGGAUUACAUCGAAGCCACACUUCAAUCCAUCAGGAACGGAUCAAACGUGCAAGGUUACUUCGUGUGGUCAUUCCUGGACGUGUUCGAGUACCUAUUCGGCUACAGGAUGCGCUUCGGCGUCUGUGGCGUUGAAUUCAACUCGGCGGCGAGGACAAGGUAUCAGAGGCACUCGGCCAAGUGGUACUCCAGCUUCCUCCGGGGUGGCGAGCUGAGGCCAGUUGCUCUACCUGAGGGAGCAUAUUCACAGUGA